AUGGCUCGUCGCGAGCUGUACGCGUUUGGCUGUGAUUCGGAUGGGCAGUUGGGUUCGGAACCAUCCACCGGCGAUAAUUCGGGCUGCGUACGCUUGCCACAGUUUGUUUAUGGAUCGCCAACCGGACCGUACGGUGUUACCGUGAAAGCUGUUGCAUGCGGCGAAAAGCAUACAUUGUUCCUGGCCGAUGAUGGAAAGGUGCGUCACAUUUUACAUUUGAAAUACUUGCUGUGGUCUGUUUCUUCGGCUAUGAAGAAGCUGUCAUUUAGUGCGCUGCAUCGUGUUGUUGUGGCAGACUGA